CAUCUUUUUUACGCGCGUUAGGCCAGCCGGCGGCGCUGGAAGUCGAAUUGUUGCUGUCGCUGUUGGUGAUCCUGUGGCGCGGAUCGGGGGACAGAGACUUUAAAGGUAGCCGUAAUGGCUGAAAAUGGUGAUAAUGAAAAAAUGGCUGCCCUGGAGGCCAAAAUCUGUCAUCAAAUUGAGUAUUAUUUUGGUGACUUCAAUUUACCACGGGAUAAGUUUUUAAAGGAACAAAUCAAACUGGAUGAAGGCUGGGUACCUUUGGAGAUAAUGAUAAAAUUCAACAGGUUAAACCGUCUAACAACAGACUUUAAUGUAAUAGUAGAAGCAUUGAGCAAAUCAAAGGCAGAACUGAUGGAAAUAAGUGAAGAUAAGACUAAAAUCAGAAGAUCUCCAAGCAAACCCCUCCCUGAAGUGACUGAUGAGUAUAAAAAUGAUGUGAAAAACAGAUCUGUGUAUAUUAAAGGUUUCCCAACUGAUGCAACUCUAGAUGACAUAAAAGAAUGGUUAGAAGAUAAAGGGCAAGUACUAAAUAUUCAAAUGAGAAGAACAUUGCACAAAGCAUUUAAGGGAUCAAUAUUUGCUGUGUUUGAUUGUGUUGAAUCUGCUAAGAAGUUUGUUGAGACCCCUGGCCAGAAGUACAAAGAUACGGACUUAUUGAUACUUUUCAAGGAAGAUUACUUUGCAAAGAAAAAUGAAGAAAGAAAGCAAAAUAAAGUGGAAGCCAAAUUACGAGCUAAACAAGAGCAAGAAGAAAAACAAAAGUUAGCAGAAAAUGCUGAAAUGAAAUCUAUAGAAGAAAAAAUUGGCUGCUUGCUGAAAUUUUCUGGAGAUUUAGAUGAUCAGACCUGUAGAGAAGAUUUGCAUGUGCUUUUCUCAAACCAUGGUGAAAUAAAAUGGAUAGACUUUGUCAGAGGAGCAAAAGAGGGAAUAAUUCUUUUUAAAGAAAAAGCUAAGGAUGCACUGGAUAAAGCCAAAGACGCAAACAAUGGUAACUUACAAUUAAGGAACAAAGACGUGACAUGGGAAGUAUUAGAAGGAGAUGUGGAAAAAGAAGCUUUGAAAAAAAUCAUAGAAGAUCAACAGGAGUCCCUGAACAAAUGGAAAUCAAAAGGUCGCAGAUUUAAAGGAAAAGGAAAGGGGAAUAAAACUGCCCAAGGUGGGUCUGCUAAAGGAAAAGUACAGUUUCAAGGCAAGAAAACUAGAUUUGAUAGUGAGGAUGAACAUGAUGAAAAUGAUGCAGACGGAGCAGUAAAAAGAGCAAGAGAAGAAAUAGAACUAGACAUACACGAACCUGCAUCUAAACAACAGAAAACAGAAAAUGGUGCUGGAGACCAGUAGUUUAGUAAAAAAAAAAAAUUUUUUUAUUCAUUUUAAUAAUUAGG